UAUGUGAAUGCUUACUUUUGUAUAUUUUCAGGGCAUUUCUAGACAAGUCUGUUGACAAGGCGACAAAAAUAAAACUGCUACAAAAGGCAUGUGAAGUACAUGUCAGGAUGUAUAAAGAUGCUAUGAAUGGGAAGGGUAUUGACAGACAUUUGUUUGCACUUUAUGUCGUAAGCAAAGGUCUUGAUUAUGACUGUCAUUUUCUGAAGAAAUGUUUGAGCAUUCCAUGGACACUAUCAACUAGUCAACAGCCUCAACAACAACUGGUCUCUUCUCCAAGUUGUGAUAUACCUGAGUACAGGGAUAAGGUAAGCCCAGGUGGUGGAUUUGGUCCGGUAUCCGACGACGGAUAUGGUGUAUCGUACAUGAUUCCCGGAGACUUCAAAUUCUUCUUUCACGUCUCGUCGAAGAAGUCAACGAAAUGCACAGACUCCACGUCGUUCAUGAAUCAGCUCUUUGAAACCCUCGACGAGAUGAAGGAACUCUUCGAAAGCAAUGCAAAUUAAUGGCGACAUUUUAUAUCCUGUCUCAUGCAGCACAACUGAAGUUUUAUUUCAUUU